GUACAAGAAGAACCUGAAGGCACUCUAUGUUGUGCACCCCACCAGCUUCAUCAAGGCGCUGUGGAACAUCUUCAAGCCCCUCAUCAGUCACAAGUUUGGGAAAAAAGUCACCUAUUGCAGCAGCCUGCGUGAGCUCCGAGAACACCUUCAGUGCGACCAGCUGCUCGUCCCCCCGGAAGUAAUACGGUAUGACGAGAAGCUGCAAAACCUGCACAAAGGCCAACUGCCCCCUCCCACUAAGACUCCCCCACCUCGGCCGCCUCUGCCCACCCAGCAGUUUGGUGUCAGCCUGCAAUAGUAAGUGAUGAAGGGUGAGGCUACUCUGCUACCUUGAACACUGGGACCAUCUGUGUCCUGGGAGGUUGUCCCAGGCCUCUGCCUGCAGUGACUAAGCUUAACUCUACAGGAGGCAAAGAGCCAAGUUCCCACUGAGGCCAAGUGACCACUGCUCUGUGUGUGUGUGCAUAGGUAGAGGA